UCCGACGAGGGCGGGCGUCUGUUGAUAAGCAGAGUCGGUUCGCGAUCUAUUAAAAAUGAUUUUAAUCAAUUAAUAUAUUGUUCUGUGUUGUGCUAUGUGAAACUGUACGAGAUUUUUUGAUGAAACAUGCUGAAAGUGCUGGUGUUAAAGUGGCAUUAUGACGUCACCCGCAUCCGAUAGAUGCAGUUCUCGAUGAGUGUCAUAAAAGUGAACGUGUAUAUAGUGAAGUGUUUAGUUAUUAAUGAUUCAAGUGAAGUGAAGUGAAAUGCGAGACGGGUCUAAGCCUGGCCCGAGUGGAGGCUCGUCCGGGCAUGUUUUGGAUAAAGAUACCGAAGGAUCAUCAGCUGAGGACAGCAGUUAUGAAGAACUGGCCACACUGAAGACGAUUCUGAAUUUUCCAGAGGAAGUAGCUCUCCGGCUCACUGACACGGAGUACAAAAUAUUUUAUCAAGUUCCGCCGAUCGAUUACCUGCGCCAAGUGACCCUGGACCUGGGCGGCGAGGGUGUGCUGGGUACAGUCAGCGAGCGACACAUGAUAAGGCGGGUGCCGCCCACACACACGCCACAGGCUAAGAGCAGCGUCAGGACUCUGAUAAGGCGAUUCAACGAGGUCUCCGCGUGGGUGACGGAGUUGGUGCUGUCUCAGACAUCCGAGGAAAGGAAAGCGACCCUCGCCUGCAUCCUGCGCGUAGCUCUCACGUGCUGGAACAUCGGAAAUUUCAACGGAGCCAUGGAAAUCGUAGCUGGUUUGAAGUCACAUAAACUGAAGACGUUCUGGCUGAGCAUAUCAGACGAACCGUUACCAACGCUGGACUUCCUCUCCGCGGCGCUGCUCUCCGCUGAGUACGAGAGGGCUCUUGGCCGCGCCCUCGCUAUGCCAGAGUGCAGACUGAUACCUUUUUUUGGAGCUUUUUUAAGAGAAUUAAGAGAAAUCUUGGCGGCGACUCCCUCUCUGACCACCCACUCAGUCGCCGUGACGCCGACGCACAGGAGAGACACCAAGCGCGACUCUGUCAAGGACGACAGAUCCUCAAUUAAAAGAGAUACCAGAAGAGAAAGUAGUAAGAGAGUGGAUCAAGGGACGACCACCAGUCCUCUCCGAGACAGCUGCAAGCGAGAGUCGCGGUACAACGAGACGAGCAGACAAGUGUACAUCGCAUCCUUCGACGAGGAAGGCGAACAGUUCCGACGAGUUGGGCCCGAGGGUCUGAUGAACUUGGAAAAGGUGUACCGGACGCAGGCGGUGAUGGACCACAUAGCGAGCUUUCACCAGCACCGAUACAGCCUAGCGAGGACAACGGCACCUGUUUUUGGAGAUUACUUGAGAACAGCCAUAGAAUCAUGCGAGGAACCCGUCUUCGUGCAGCCAGCCCAGACGACCGCGGGGUCAGACUUCGAGAACGAAGCGCUCUACGAGCUGGAAGGAGGAGGUUACUGUCCUGUACAACCCCUGCCUCACGACCAUGGCGUCACCAUGUUCCCGCUGGCGCCGCAAAACGGGGAGAGAAUGGACAGGCACGUUCUACAGAUUUUACAUCAUGGUACUGCUUGCGUGGUGGGGGAAGCGGAGUGGGGCGGUGCGUUCGCUCAGCUCCGACUAGAGCGAUCGUGCGCUCUGCUCACGUGGAGCCGCACAGCACACCGCCCACAUGCACAACACGGUGAAACCCCAUCAGAGAACAUACAGCAACCUGAAAUUAGUUUAUCAUACAACCCUGAGGAAGUCAUACCUCUUAAAUAUUCCGGAAACUUGGUGCAUGAGAAUGAAGCUGGUGUGGUCGGCGAGGAGGGCUUCAUCGACCUUCAAUGCGUGAAGGACAUGCGUCUUGGAGGCAAGCUGCUGGAACCGCGGGACAUCGCGGAGCUCUGCGCGUGCGCAAAGAAACACGGCCUCGAGACGUGCAGCCAGCGCCCGCAUAUCAUAUCAUUAGUGUACGGGAAAACUUUGAGUGAUAACAGAACUGUGCACUUUGUACUGUCGCCAUAUUCUUUUAGGGUAUGGGCAGUCGGUCUCCACUCUGUCAUAAAGGCGUUAAUAAGUCAGACGAAGCUCGCAGACCGAAGUCUCGCGUGGUUGAAAAACAAGUACACGGCACUCUACUACGAGGACGGAUGCUGCUGCGAACCACUCGUAUCUGAUGCUAUACGGGUCUUUGGAGGCAGGGAUUCCGUUUGUGACAGCUCGUCACACUCAACGCCAGUCAAAUACGCAGAGUCUCACACAGACUCGAUAAAGAAUACAGGAAUGAAAUUUAAGAAGAACAAAUCCACGUCUGAAUUGAAGAGUUCCCCGAAGAGCUACAGCUCACACACAUCCGGCACGCGCAGUGACGAUGAUGUAGUCCAGGGAUCACCAAGGCACAGCUCGUAUUCGGCCGCGUCGAGCCAGCAUUCGUGCGCGCCGCGACACAGCAGCCUCACCGCCGCGCCCAGCGUGUUCAGCGGCUCCCCUAACCGCAGUAGUUUAAGAAGAUUAGAAACCAGUGAGAGAUUCUGGGAGAAUCUGAAACAUCUGAGGACGGGGUCAGUGGGCUACGACACGCAACUCGACUUCAUGGACUUUGUCGCGUUAUUUCGAAGCUUUAGUCUAGUAAUGAGGUCAGAGUUGCGAGAUGUUUUCGAACAUUUGGCGGUACCAAGAAUGCGGAACCCACUGCUGGGCGCUGAAAAGAGUCGAAGUUCCCCAGAACUUUUCAGAAGCAAAAAUGUUUUCCGCACUGGGUUACUGACGAGAAAUGGUUCCCUGGACUUAGAACCGCCGAGUGACAAGGCGGGCAGGAAGAAAGCAUUUGAUAUUCUCGCAGCGGCAGCUUUACCAGGAGCAAGUCCAGACGUGAGCGGUCGAGUGUUGUCACUGCCCACACUCGGGAAGUUCUGCGAAACGAGACAAAAUGAACCCAAGACUGAACAGCAGCUGAAAGAUAUAAUACAGAGACACGAACCGGACCCAACAUUGCGGGCGGAGAACUGCUUCUCAUUCGAGGGUUUCGUAAGAUUCCUCACUGAUAAAGACAAUUACGCAUUCGUACCCGAGCAGCGGAGAGCUAACAAUUUUACGGGGAAAUCCGCAAGUAAUGGGGAAGAUGACCUACCCAAGGAGCUAUCCCACGAGAUGACGGGACCCCUCAGCCAGUACUACAUAGCCAGCAGUCACAACACGUACCUCACCGGUCACCAGCUGAAGGGGGAGUCGUCGGUAGAGCUGUAUAGUCAGGUGCUACUGACUGGUUGCCGAUGUGUCGAACUGGACUGCUGGGACGGUGACGACGGCAACCCUGUGAUCUACCACGGCCACACGUUCACCACCAAAAUACCAUUUCGAAGAGUCGUCGAAACAAUUGCUAGGAGUGCAUUCGUUGCAUCUCCAUAUCCGCUAAUUCUGAGCAUCGAAAACCACUGCAGUCUCCCGCAACAACAAGUGAUGGCAAGCACUUUUGAGGCAGUGUUUGGAGACCAACUGGUGACGUCGUUCCUGUUCGAAGUGGACUACACGGACGAGCCGCGCCUGCCGAGCCCAGACCAAUUAAAGUAUAAGGUACUUAUAAAGAAUAAGAAAUUGCUUCCGGUGCAGUCCAGCCCAACCAUAGGACUUACUGGAGCAAGUUCCGCGCAAGGCUAUGGCGGCGUGCUCGCCACAGCAUUCAGGACUAAUGGCAUUCGUCAAACGAGUUCGUCUCUGCCAGACGCCAGCAACAGGACGAGUUCCAUCAUGUCCAACCAAUCAGCUGGCUCGUCCCUCACGGAGUACUUCUCUGAUGAAGAUUACGACGAAGAUGAUGAAAUUGACGAGAAAGAGUUACACAAAAUCCUAAACUCUCUGGAGGAGAAGGUCGGUCGGACCUCCCUCUCGCUCUACCAGAGUUUUCGUCGUGAUGGAGAAGGAGAACCGUCGGCUGCGUUGAAACACGCUACAAAUAGAAAACGUAGCAAUCAAAUAGCCAGGGAACUCAGUGAUAUGGUCACUUAUGUUCAAGCAAUAAAAUUCCGAGGUCUCAAUCCAAUAUCACCGAGAAGUUCCAUGAAACAACCCAGCAAUGUCGUGAAGGACAACUCCAGUGGCGCCGCUUGCAGCAGCUUCGAGUCCUCGGAGAGUAGUGACAGCACAGGAACACAACUAGCGGUCAGCAGUCAGCACUCCCGAGCGCGCUGCCUGAACGCCCCCGCCGCGCACCACCCGUGCUACCGCUGCUCGUCCGUCAACGAAGCCAUCGCCAAGAAGAUCUGCAGGAAACAUCCCUUGGCCCUCAUCGCGCACACGGAAACGCAACUUGUCAGAACAUAUCCCGCCGGCCUAAGGAUAGACUCGUCCAACUUCGACCCGGUCACGUUCUGGUCGUGCGGCGUGCAGCUCGUGGCGCUCAACUACCAGACCGAGGACGCGGCGAUGGCGGUCAACGCGGCCAUGUACGAGAGCAACGGCUGCUUGGGAUACGUGAGGAAACCGAGGGUCAUGUGGGACCCGAGCCAUAUCGCUUUUCGACGGUUUAACCCCAUGGAUAAAGAGUUCGAUGGCAUCCACGCAGCACAUCUCACCCUCGCCGUCAUUUCCGGACAAUACGUCGCUGAAAACGUUUACUCCUUCUAUAACGCAUUCGUUGAAGUUGAAAUAUUGGGUGUUCCUGCUGACUGUAGGAAGAUCAAGACGAGGGUCGCCAGAAGAAACGCCUUAAAUCCUAUUUGGAACGAGACAUUUAAUUUUAAGGUGAACUUUCCAGAACUGGCAUUCGUUCGUUUCGAAGUAUACGACGCGGAUACUAAUUAUAUGUUAUCGCAGCGUGUGAUACCGUUACUCUGUCUGCGCCCAGGGUACCGCCAUGUGCGGUUAAGAUCUCCGACAAAUCAGCCGUUAAACAUGGCGUCACUGCUGAUAUUCUCUCGCUGCGCGGAAGAGCAGGCGGGCGAAAGUUGUCGCGCGGACGCCGAGCCGACUUCGCCCACGCAGCGCAGGAAGAUACACUUCCUCGUGGUGCACGCCGUGGUGCUGCACGAGCCCUACUCGAUACUCAAAGUGACGCACGACACAACCACCAACGAGGCGAUAGCGCAGUGCCUGUCGAAGGCGGGCGUGUGUCGCUCGGCGCGCGGCAGCUACGUGCUGGUGGAGGAGGUGCCGUCGCGCGCGCCCACGCAGCGCGUGCUGGCGCCGCACGAGCGCGUGCUGCGCGCCGCCACGCAGCGCCCCGCCGCGCGCCUGCUGCUCAAGCGCGUGGGCGACGACCCCAGCAGCAGGGCCUGGCUCACCAGCAUCAGGUCAGCAUCGACCACGGACAGGGUGAAGGAUCACACGAUACCCUCAGACGAUGAGAGCAGCACCCAAGAGGAGACCAGGAAGCCACCAGACAGCUUCCUGGUCUGCGUCCACAAUGUCUGCCAUGAAAUACCCUACGCUAUAAUGAAGGUACCACUGACGGCCACAGCGUCCUACGUGGUCUACCAAGCUCUGACCAAGGCGCGGUGUCACGAUAACCCGAAACGGUUUGUGUUGGUGGAGGAGUUGGAAUGGGGGGGCAGAGCUGGUACCGGUCCUCAGCAACGAGCCCUUGCUGAUGACGAGGUGGUUUACGCGGCUCAGGCAAGUUGGAAAACCCUUGGUAGAUUCGUUUUACAAGAGAGAGGUAGCACGGCCCCGCUGCCGAGACACAGAGCGUGCAUCGCGAGGAUACAGCGCGGGCUGAGCAUGACCAGGGGCGCUAUCGCUGGCACUACUGGAUUUCCUCUCGGCAAUAUCAUAUCGAGUGACAACGUAGCGGAGGGAAAGACGCCAGUACAGACCGCAUACAGCGACCCCACGCACUGCAGAAGAGUCUCAACUUCGCCUUUGGGAAAAGGCAUAGGCCGGUCGAAAGGUCACUCCGACAAAAAUAUCAGUUCAUACGCUCAAAGAAGAACGGGUCCGAGAGAUGUACACUCAGAGAGUGAAACGGGAGGAUCGCUGGGUGCCGAGGCAUUAGCGGCUCAGAUGGCGCGCUUCAAGAGAGUAUCUUUACGUAAGCUACGGGCGUGGCGAUCCUGAGUGUGGCAGGUCUUCCGCCGGCUUGGUACGAGCCUGGCGAACCAUCGGGCCUCGCUAUCGUCAGAACUCGGAUCACUCUGGGACUUUUUCCGCAUCGACAGAGAAAGGCGACGUUCAACCCCCGGCACUUAUGAACCAAUCGAGACCAAAUCACCAGCGAAACUCGCAAGAGACCUGUUCCAAGUUGUUCAAGAAACAGUAUUUUCUAAGAAGUUCGAAGAAAAAAAAUGUCCACUGGUCAAAGAAGAAUCCGACUUGAGCUCAGACGAUGAGGAUGGUACUGAGAGACGAAUCGCUAAUCUCAUCGACUUCUUCUUCACAAUUGUGAAAAGCCAGAAGGAAGAAAGAAAGGGCAGUGGUGGGAGCUGCUUCAAGAGCGAAUCCAGUCCUGAAGAAAAGAAAUACGUACCAACGGUAGUGAAUACGGAGUUAGAAAAGAA